AUGUCAAAGAGUAGUAGUUCUACAUCUAUAAAUAAAGAAAAAUCAAAAACUCCAUCUAAAAAAGAUAAAGUUUUAUUAAAAGAGCCUCACAAUAAAUCCAUCAAAGACUAUGUUAGUAAUGAAUCAUCAGAUGACUCAUUUUUUGAAUCAGAAUGGGUAGACAGACCGUACCUUAAUUCAAAUGACAACAUUUCUGAUACAUUUAAUUUGGAUAUAAUCAAACUUUAUUUAGAUUUAAAAAAAAAUGAGCAAUUGGAUAGUAACGGUAGCCCAAUAGAAUGGUCAGAGCAUGAGGAUGAAUAUUAUGUAAGAGUUGGUGUUUUAUUAAAAGAGCCUCACAAUAAAUCCAUCAAAGACUAUGUUAGUAAUGAAUCAUCAGAUGACUCAUUUUUUGAAUCAGAAUGGGUAGACAGACCGUACCUUAAUUCAAAUGACAACAUUUCUGAUACAUUUAAUUUGGAUAUAAUCAAACUUUAUUUAGAUUUAAAAAAAAAUGAGCAAUUGGAUAGUAACGGUAGCCCAAUAGAAUGGUCAGAGCAUGAGGAUGAAUAUUAUGUAAGAGUUGGUGGUAAAAAAUAUAAAUAUAAAGAUUACAUGCCCGAUGAUGGUCCACAUAAAACUGGAUGUGCAAGAACUGAGGGAUAUUAUAAAAUACCUCCAGAAGAAAAACGUAAGAAAAAAAUAGCUAUAUACGCUAAACAAGAUAUCGAAUUUGGGGAAGAAAUUACAUAUGACUAUAAGACGAUAAAAUACCGUGUCAUUGUGGUGCAGCAACUUGUAGAGGAUUUUUAA